UUUAAAAACAAUGUACCUCAAAUAAAGAUGGGAAGGGAUUUGCAUAUUUCUCCAUCUACAGUGUAUAAUAUCAUUAAAUAAUUAAAGAAGUCUGACAGGAUUUAAGUGUGUAAAAGGCAAGGGCGCAAGCUUAAGUUGAACACCUGCAUCAAGAACCGUCAUUCAUUAAUAGCUGAUAUAACCACAUGGGUGAGGGAUUACUUUGGCACCUUUGUCAAGCACUACAAUACAGAGUUACAUGCACAAAUGCCACUCAAAAUUUUACUGUGCAAAAAAGAAGCCUUAUGUUAACCAUGUCCAGAAGUGUCAUCAACUUCUCUGGGCUCAGAGGCAUCUAGGAUGGACCAUCACACAGUGGAAACAUGUAUUGUGGUCAGAUGAAUCAGCAUUCCAGGUCUUUUUUGGAAAAAAAAUGAACGCUGUGUGCUCCGGACCAAAGACAGAAAGGACCAUCCAGACUGUUAUCAGCAACAAGUCCAAAAGGAAUGGAUGUGUAUUAACAAAUGAAAUGAAGUUGACCAGACAAAACAUGAAAUAUCUCAGGUUCAUCCUGUCUGCAAUGAAAUAAAAGUCAAAGUGAAUGUAAGGAACACUGCAUUUUUUUAUAAAGAAAACUUAAGUACCCAAAGGAUGAACACCCACACAUCAGUUCUCUUCUUAGGUGCAGCUCGGAGCGAGGACUACACCCGGAUGAAUUCCACUGACUGCCCUUCACCUCACUGGUCCUUUGAGGAGUUCUCAGAAAAACUUACGGUCUCAGACGAGUGUAUCAAGUCUCUGGCUAACCAAUGGACGUCCACUCAGUACGCAGCCAUAAUAGACAACAUGAACAGACUCACAAGCUUUUUCAGAAAACAAGCAGGAGUUUGUAAGGGUGCUAUACCUGCAGAGUGCCCGACUCCGGCGGUUCACAUUAACGGAGGGCUGGUGUGUGUAUCCUCUGAGGGGAGGCGCUUCUGCAAACCAAUGUGCAAUGAGGGCUAUGACUUCUCCUUUCUGAGGACAUCAAGGCUCUACGAGGAAUGCAGCAACUCCACCAAGCACAAGUGGACAACCCAGUAUAUAGGAGGCCAUGAGCUGGCUGAGUGUAACGAGUCUACUGUUCAGAUAUCUGGUGCAAGUUCAGCCUACUUUCCCAAGGGCCAAGACUGCUGGAAAACUAAAAGUGAGCAAGCAAUGGAGAAGAAGAUCAUAAAGUUUUUUAAAGAUGAGCUGAGUGCUAACAACAUUAAAGGACCUUUCAUCCAUUCCUGUGUCCUCUGUGGAUAAAAGCAACAAAGCAACGUUCCAGUCGUUCAUCGCUGAUUAAUUAUACCAGGUUUUUUCCUGUGAUUAAAUGUGCAACAGCUAUUACUUGGAUAAAAAAUAAAACAUAGAAAUUCUUUCAAUAAA